AUGCUUCGUAAUAAGAUUUUCGUGACAAGUCGACCCAAUGGCAGUACCCUGAAAUGUGUAAAAGACAUUUUCCAGGUUUCAAACAAGGAAUUCAAUCAGAAAAUAGUAGAUGAACGUUUAAAAGAAACUCAGGGAGAUCUUGUUGGCGUGUGCAUUCCUUUUGAGAUCGAUACCAAAUAUUAUACAGCCAAGGUUGAUUUUUGGCUAGACGAGAUAGUGAAAGCAUCAGAAAAGGAAACAAUCAAAGCUUAUUGUGUAAAAGAGUCACAAGUGAGUAAAGUCAUCGAUGCAUUCAUUUUCAUCUUUGAUAAAUCAGACCCAAGUUCGUUUGAUACAAUCAAGAAUUGGUCAUCGUUCCUGGAUCAGGCUGAGCCAGGUAUCAGACUGUGCAUAGGUACUAGUUGUAAAAUCCCAUUGAGCAUGAAACAGGACGCCGAAAUUAACGAUUGGUGUCUUGCCAAUGCAUUUGAUUAUGUUGAUAUGGAUGAGACCACCGAAACACCAAUGGAUAAAGUUGGUAUGGAAUUAGCCGUAGAAAUUAUCCAGACCAACUUCUGGGAUGGCAUGGUAAAGAAAAAUGUAAACGGAAUAGCCGAGGAUGAGGAUUUACUACGCGAAAUUCAAGAAUUAAAGCUUGAGCAAAAUAAAGAUAUAUUAAAGCUUGACAAUAAUGAUGAGGAUUUAAUCGAUAUGCCAUCCUAUUCCGAAGUAAACCGUAUGAGAGAUCAAUUAUUCGGAGGUAUUGAUGAGGAUGAUGGAUUAGAUAAGGCAUUUGAAGCAAUACAAUCCAUGAGAGAACAAGGUAAAAAUCUGCCCGACGAAGAACGCCGUAAAAUGGCAGCUCAAGUCGCACUUUCAUUUGCUGCUCAGCUUGGAUUAUAA